AUGGCACAGCCGGCGGCGGAGGCGUGUGCCUGCGCCGCGGCACCGGGAGACAACGGCGAAGAGAUGAACGGCAGGAAGGUGGCUCUCAUCACCGGCAUCACCGGGCAGGAUGGAUCGUACUUGGCUGAGUUCCUGCUGGAAAAAGGCUACGAGGUGCAUGGCAUCGUUCGUCGGUCUAGUUCUUUUAAUACAGGCCGGAUUGAACAUCUCUAUAAGAACCCACAGGCUCACAUUGAAGGAAACAUGAAGCUGCACUACGGUGAUCUCACAGACAGCACCUGCCUGGUGAAGAUCAUUAAUGAAGUCAAACCCACUGAGAUAUACAACCUGGGAGCUCAGAGCCAUGUCAAGAUUUCUUUCGACCUAGCAGAAUAUACUGCUGACGUUGAUGGGGUUGGCACUUUACGGCUCCUAGAUGCUAUUAAGACCUGUGGCCUUAUCAACUCUGUGAAGUUCUACCAAGCCUCCACCAGUGAACUUUUUGGAAAAGUGCAAGAAAUCCCACAAAAGGAGACCACCCCUUUUUACCCAAGAUCGCCUUACGGGGCAGCAAAACUGUAUGCCUACUGGAUUGUGGUGAACUUCAGAGAGGCCUACAAUCUCUUUGCUGUGAAUGGCAUCCUCUUCAAUCACGAAAGCCCCAGGAGAGGGGCUAACUUUGUUACUCGAAAAAUUAGCCGAUCGGUAGCAAAGAUUCACCUCGGACAGCUGGAUUGUUUCAGCCUGGGCAAUCUGGAUGCUAAGAGAGACUGGGGCCAUGCCAGGGACUACGUUGAGGCCAUGUGGCUGAUGUUGCAAACGGAUGAGCCAGAGGACUUUGUCAUAGCCACUGGGGAGGUUCAUAGUGUCCGUGAAUUUGUGGAGAAGUCAUUUAAGCACAUUGGGAAAACCAUUGUGUGGGAAGGGAAGAAUGAAAAUGAAGUAGGACGAUGCAAAGAGACUGGCAAGAUUCAUGUGACAGUCAAUCACAAGUACUACAGGCCAACUGAAGUGGAUUUUCUGCAAGGGGACUGUACCAAAGCCAGACAAAAGCUGAACUGGAAGCCGAGAGUCACGUUUGAUGAGCUGGUGAGGGAGAUGGUGGACGCCGACGUGGAGCUCAUGAAGAACAACCCCAAUGCCUGAGCCCCGGCUGGGCCCGGUGGGCACCAUGGGACCUGUGCCGGGGGCGCACCCCACGGCCAGCACCGCCAUGAGCUGCUGGGGCUGGGGUGGGUGGCUGCCCCUCCCCAUGAUGGUUUUAUUGCUGGCCUGCCUGUGCGUGAAAGCCCGGUUUUAUCCCGCCUCCACCCUCCACACCCUCCCAGUGCCUCUCG